AGGGAGGGAGAGAAUGAAUUUGUUUUAAUGUUGCUACUUAAGUUACAUUUUUAUUUAAUCGUAUGGCUAGGGCCCCCUGCCGGGCAGGCUGUUCACUGGGUGCCGGUCAUUCAAUUUGAUACCACUUCAGCAACCUGCAUUUAAGGAUGGGGUGACUGAUGAUGAUGAUGAUGAUGAUGAUGAUGAUGACAGCAAAACACACAGUCCCUGGGCAGAGAAAAUUCCCGCAACCCAGCUGGGAAUUGAACCCGGCCCCUAGAGCAUUGACAGCCCGUCAACUUAAGUUAUAUUAAAGUGGUGUCACUCAAUUGUUCAAGAUAUUCACUAAUGAAAUGUCAUUACAAAGUACUGGGAACGCCAAGGGAUGCAUGUGUAGAGGAGGAGGAGGAGAAAGAACUCGUGUGGUACAUACACCCUCAAGUGGCAUCUGGAUAAGAAUGCUGAUACUGUGGUGGAAGCAAGGGAAGAGUUCCUGUUAGUGCAGCAAGCUUAGGAAGUUUUAGGUCAUCCUGUAUGAUAAGAACAGGGAAUAAAUUUUGAAGGGUGGUAGAGAUGGAGAUUUCAAGGAUGAAAGCCUUGAUGUCCUUCAGUAUUUCACGUCAUCAUGUUUUAAAGGUUGCGAUAAUGUAUAUUGGAAAGUUUUUGAAAAAAUUGCAGCAGAAGAUACAGAAUCUGUGUCAGAAAGUAAGAUGAACAUAUCAACAUUUGGAGAUUCCAACAGUAACUAUGAAGAUGUUGUCCAUCCAUUUCAUGCAUACUGGCAAAGUUACUCAACCAAGAAGCCAUAUGCCUGCCCGAAUGUAUUUGAUAUUAGUCAGGCAACAAAUGUGUGUUUUGUGCAAUGGAAAAGGAAAAUAAGAAGGUAAGGGACAAAACUCACAAGGCAAGAAAUGUUGAACAGUUACUAGCAUUUGUUCGAAAGAGAGAUAAACGUGUGAAGGCGCACAUGGAAUUUCUGAAACAAAAAUUGGAAGAUAAUGUUAGGAAUGCGAAAGAGUAUAGAAUCCAGCAAGUGAAGAAUGCAAGAACUUGCUGGAUCUCUUCAUGAUCUGAGUAUAUCCACAAUGGAGGAACUGAAUGUAAUUUAGGUGGAAAUAGCUACAGUGUCUGACGAGCGUCUUGAAGUAGUUGAUGAUGACGACGACGACGACGACGACGACGACGACGACGACAUCUGCAAAUUGUGGGAAUUCCAAGAAGCAUAGGUGUAAAAUCUGGAGCUUACAAAAGAGCAAGAUAUGUUUCUAGAAACCGGUGAAAAGGGAGACAUAUAUCAGAAAAGUGGAGCUGGUGUAGUGGAUCCUAGCAAUAAGAUUUCUGCUGAUCAAUCUAGCACAAGUAGUUGUAACAAUGAUAGUGCCAAUGGUGGAAGUGAUACUGAUGGUGUAGGAAACUUGUAGAUAAGUGACUUGUCAGAAUUCUUUCCUCGAAAACGCAAAAAUUGCAGAAGGUAGCAGUGAUUACUGUGUUAGUAUUCCAGAUGCUGAAGAUAGUUUAAAAAUGAUCACAUGUGCGUAAAAGUAAGACACAUAGGGAACUACUCGAAGACUGAAAGCUCUGAACUAAACAUACACAAUUUAAAACCUAAUACAAAAAAAAGUGUAUAGAAACAGAUACACAUCAUACAAAGAAAAAUAAUGGUAAAAUUAAUGUAUUAAUAAGAGAUUCUGAUAAGACGUGUGACAUCUACAGACUUUGAUGCUGAUAAUGAAAUUAUUUCUGGUGAGGUUGCAGCUAAAAAUAGGAAAAAGAAGAAACAAAUUCCAAAAAUCAGUUAAUAAAGUGGAUUUUGUGACUCAGAAAAAUGAAGACUGUAUUAAUUCACAAAUUCAAAGUGCCUUACUGUUGUUAAUGGUUCUAUUGAAGACAUAAAUUGUGAACAUCAUGACCAUAGUAAGAAAAGUGUUGCAGAGAAGCGUUCUAAAAAUUGGAAAAAGAAUGUUUAGGUAUUGGGUGUUGACAAAAAUAAAUACUAAUGAAUCAACAUUGAAAACUGAAAAAUAAAAAAUUUAAGAGACAGUCCAAAAGAUAUAAAAAGAAAACUGCUUUGCAAAGAUGUGCUACUGGACAAAUCUGGGAGCCUGACAACAUACUAAUUUUGGAUACUGAAGAAUGAAGAGGAUUGUGGCAUGAAUAAAUGUUCCAAAACUGGGCCAAGUGUGUGUGAAUGAAGAUACUUCGUGAACCAGAAUUGCGAUGUAGGGAGCCUGUCAUGAUUUGAUGAAAUGAAUAUCUGAGACGUAUGCUAUAAAGAUAUUCCCUUCUGGGUAAUGGCUGUGUAUAGAUGUAGGUUUUUUUGCCUUUUGUGCUCAUUCUAUAGAAGAGUAUCAAAAGAACAGCUAGAUAAAAAAUACUUGCCCCACUCAUCAGUACUAUUUGUUCGCUGCUGAGUAUGAACAUUGUUUUUAGAAAAAUUGAUUGUAUUAUUCUUUCAGAUAUGCAAUGAAUAUCCAGUUGCAGGUUACAGGGCAUUUAUUUGAAAAUCUCUGCUUCCUUCAUUUGCAUAUCAGAGGAAAAAAAAUACCAUAUACAGUUAAGACUACCUUUAGAUAAGAUGAGGUACAAAUUUUCAUCAAAGGUUGAUAGUUUUACUCUAUGCUUGUCCUAAAGGAUGAUCCCCAAAUGAUUUGUGGCCUGUGAAUUUAAUUUAGAACUGAUGAUGAGAUGAUGAGAUGAUGAGAUGAUGAUGAUGAUGAUGAUGAUGAUGAUGAUAGGCAGUGAUUUGGAUAAUGACUCUGAGGAUUUAUGAAAGUGCUGUUUUGGCUAUUCAGUUUUGCGGACGUAACUGUACUGUAAAAUUGGUGCAGUUGCACAUGUCAUAAAGCAAAAGCUUCCUUCAGGAUAGUUACAGUUUUACCUGUAGAAACGUGUUGAAUAACAAGCUCAUAUGUACACCUAACAAGUAUUGUUGGUUGUGUCAUGUGUUCAAACAGUUCAUACUAUAGUCAGCAUAAAUUUGUAAAGUGUGUGCCUAAAGAAGAAAAUGCGAAGGAAGAUUAAAGUUGUCAUAGGCUAAAGAAUUGAAAAACUGUGCUGCAGCAAGAGCUUUCAGUAUAACAGAGAAGAUGGUGAGAGAUUGGUGAAAGAAUCAAGAUGCUAUUUAAGAAAUGCCAAUGAAAAAGUGUUCUAUGAGGAGAGGAAUAGUGUGUUAGCCAGAUUUAGAAAAUAGUGUUGCAGGAUGGGUACAAGAAGAGGCAGAAUUGUUGCUACAAGAAACAUGAUUAGGGAUUAUGCAUUGAAGUGGGUGUGAGCCAAUACAGAGCACAGCAAAAGGUUUGAAACAGUAGGUUCGUGCAGUCAUUUCAUGAACAGAAAAACCUGGUAACAUGGCAGAAAGUGAGUAUUGUACAGAAAUUACUGAAAGAUCUUGACUGUAAUGUUAGGAGUUAAAAGUUCAUUUAUAUGAGUCGAAAUUACAACUUUCCACUAUCCCAUACUGGAAAUAUGGCUGAAACUCCAGUGAACUUCGAUAUAAUAAACAAUAGAACUGUGGAAACAAUGUGUAAAAACUGUUCAAAUCAGAAAUACAGGCCAUGAAAAGACCAUAACUACAGUAGUAUUAACACAUGUGGCAGACAGAACAAAGAUAAACCCUAUGUUCAUUUUAAAGUGGAAAACCAUUCCUGAAAUAAAAUUUCCACCAGGAAUUUUUGUACUAUGUCCCAAAAAGUGAUGGAUGGACAAUAAUGGUGUAAAAUUGUUAGUAGAAAAUACGUGGAAGAGGCAACCAGGUGCUCUAUGAAAUCAACAAAGUUUGCUUGUGUAGGAUAUUUUUCAGUCAUGUAACUAAGAGUACAAAAAUUACAUAACUUGAAGCAAUGCUGAAAUUGCUAUUACACUGUAUAUUUUGACUUCAAUGCUACAACCUAUAGACGUCUAUCUUAAUAAACCAUUCAGAGACCACAUGUGUGAACAAUGGAACAAUUGGAUGAUGAGCAGUGAAAAAUCAUACAUGACAAGUGGAGCUAUGUUGGCUGCUUCACUUGAUGUUUUGUGAUUUCACCAUAAAAUCAUCGGAAAAAUUGAAUGUGGAAACAGUGAUGAAAUUCAAGAAAUGGGGGGGGAUUUCCGGUGCUAUGAAUAACACUGAUGAUUUGUUAUGGGAUACUGAUUAUGAAGCAGAAAUAGAUUCACAAGGUGCAGAAUGGGAGCCAUGUUACGAGCUUGUCAACAAUGCAAAUGAGGAUGUACUUCAGGAGCUGCAUUUUUAGCCAAUGAUUGUGGGGAUUUUGGAGUGUUUUAAAUGCAUUGGUUGAAGAUCCAUACGACAGACAGAAAUGGACCGCAUGUCAUGUGUUGGAGAUAAAUUGCACAGCCCUGCAGCUGAACGCAACAAAGAACCAAUUCUCGAGGUGUUAAUGCAGUACAUUUUUAACAACAAGGCAAAGGAAGAAGCUCUGACAGUACUAGAAAUAGCCUCGGGAACAGGCCAACACAUUGUGUAUUUUGCCCAAUAUUUUCCAGAUGUGCAGUUUCAGCCAUCUGAAUUUGAAGAAAGCUAUAUAAGAAGUAUUGGAGCAUACAUUUCUGAAAGUGGUGUCCGCAAUGUGCGUGACCCAAUUGUAAUAGAUAUACGUACUCCAUAUAGAUUCUGGGCCUUUGGAGCAUUCACAGAAAAUUCUGUGUCUUUUGUUAUCAACAUCAAUAUGAUCCACACAACUGAAAGUGAAUGCACUGAACACCUAUUCAAGAAUGUACAAAAAGUUCUGAAACCUGGCGGUCUAUUAUUUCUGUAUGGGCCUUUUGCAUUUAAUGGAGUUAUAACUCCAGAGUCUAAUGUUAGCUUUAACCAAAGAUUAAGACAAGAGAAUCCUGCAUGGGGCCUAAGAGACGUAGAAGAUCUGAAUGUAUUGGGAUUUAGAUAUGGUUUGGCACUAAUAGCAGCACACGAUAUGCCAGCUAAUAAUCACAUGCUUGUGUGGAAGAAAAAGUAAUUUCAUUGGAGAGAGCUUUUCACUAACAAAAUUUGUUCCUCAUUUAUUUCAGUAUUAAUAAAUCAGAUGUUAAAUGUCAGUUUGGUUGUUAACAAUGCCAGUGUUGUUCCUGUGUAACAGUAUUAGCUGACGCUUAGUAGAAUGUUGUGUUCUUAAAAUAAGAUUGUCUAGUUGCAUGUAUGGUUAAUGGUUUGUGUUCUAUAAAGUCUGUGAUGUUUGAUUGAUUGUUUAAAAUUGUGAAACAAUAGAAAUAUUUGUGCUUUAUACAGGUACUAUAUAAUUUAUGCAUAUACUAUAACUGCAGGUUUUCAUUUGGUUUUGUGAAGCCAUCUGUAAAUGUGUGAGCAAAGUAGAAAAAGCAAAACUUUUGACUUUGUUAUUCAGUAGCAGAUAUUGACCUGAAACUUAAAAUCCAUAAGAGAAACUGUCAUGAUACUUUUGAUACAUCUUCCAGACACAAUGCACUCAAAUCCCACUGAUAACAAAGAAUCAAAUGAUGAACUGCAUAAACUCUGUGUAGCCCACAGGAAAAGUUUUUCAGAUAUUUGCAUUCUUUGAGUCUAACUAUGAAAUUUCUGAAUUUUCAAAUGAAACUGUAUCCUUUGAUCUCAAAUAAAUGUCUUUAUUGUGA